AGCGCUCAUCUCCAUAACGUUUACGUAAACCUCCAUCAUAGGUUGAUUGGUGAAGCAUUUUAUGGGUGUUUUUUCUUGCUUUCUUUUGGAACACAGCCUAUUUUUUUUAGUGGCUGGUACGGCUUGUGACCGUGACCUGCCAACUGCACACACUCGAGCUCCCUGACGUGACCGACCUUCAGUGACUCAGUCUAUAUUCCGGCCGGAACACUUCUUCAGCCGGUCGCACUCGGAGCUCUCUGUCUGAAAAAUACUGCUGAUACUAACGCGAUGUUGGGAACAUCAUAUGUUUAAGGUGCUGAGAAUGGCAGAAACGCAGCGGCUGAAAUCCCACUUCCAGUGCGACGAUGAGAAGGCAGUUGCCUAUAGGUAUAGGACAAUCAAAAGAGACUUUGCAGAAGAGGAGGAAAAGCCUAGAUAGCAGGACCUGUCCCGGAGAGCCCGCUGGGCUGAGUAGAACUACUGACAUGAUGGAGGAGUCCCCGUGCCUGAAACAGACUAGCGACAAACGUCGCCCCAUGCUGCUCUCCCCUAGUCUGAAAAUAGAGCCCGAUGUGUCGUCAGAUAGCGGAACUGAGGUGCAUUCUGAUGAACACGAGGAAGGUGGUCAGUGUCUCAGUCCCAAAUCGCUCGCGUCGCCGUCAAGCUACACUAGUCUCGCGAGUAUCAGUCCGAUGCCAAGUGGAGUUGAUCUCAAAAGUCUGCUGGACGAUACGUUUCCCCAUUCCCCCAAUGAGAGUCUCGGCCAGGAAUUCACCGAGCACACGGACAGUAGCUCAAAGCCCCCAAGGAGGGCAAUAGACAUUCUCAUUGGAGGAGAACGAUUUGUAUUAGGCCAGAGUAGUUCAGACACUAGCCCCCACAGUCCUUUCAGGGCCUAUGCAGAGAAAGGGGAGGUCCCCUCUGCGACCUCGGACACUUCCAUCCACGACCUGAGGGAUGAAUUAGCCAAACAUUACAUUAGGAACAUGAAGCAAAUCACACCCUUGCCAUGGAAUAGCAAGUUUUUAGUCGAUGUUCGUGAUGUCAGUCUACACUACGAAGUCCUGCAGGAGGGGAAAAGGCCCGGCGACAUGCACCGAGUUCGCCUCAAGAGAUUCGAAGACGUGUUUGAGUGUAAGGGACUGCCGGGCCCAAGACGUAUCUUCUGUCAGUGCAUCCCUGGGGUCAGAAAGGCCACUCUGCUAAACAAAGUACCAGUAGAAUGGAGCAGGGGCAGGUGGAUGUUUCUGGUGGAGCGUUUCCAGUUGCUCUUCUCGAUAAACCUACUCGACGUAGCCGCUGAAGAUACCCUAUGGGACACCCUGAGAAGCCAGCUUCCAAAGCCACUAUCCGUUGCUUCCAUCGAAAGUGUGAAAGCCUUCCUUCUCGAUGAAGAAACGCAGUGGUCGACGCUGUUUCUCAUCGACGGCUACGACGAACGAGCCGACAUCAACGGUGACAUCAGGAAACUGAUCCAGGGCAGGCUGUUCCCCGACAGUUGCGUGAUCGUCUUCGCCCGCCCCUUCCACUACCCUGACCUAAUGCAGUGGAUGGACACUAGGGUAGAGAUAUCUGGUUUCUCCAUCCGAAGCGCAUACAGGCUGCUCCACAACUACUUCCCCGACAACCCUCACAAGGCGGCAGGACUGAUUGCAGCUCUGAAGCAGUACGAGAACGUGACAGCGGUUGAUGUGAAGCGGACCUCCCUCCACAUCUGGCUUCUGUGUGUGCUGUGGGACGACAACCCAAAGAAACCGUUCCCAGAGACGAUGACCCGGCUGUAUAGCGAAUUCCUGUCCUGCGUUAUCCGACACCACAAGGAGCUGACGAGGGAAGAAAUCGACGUUGAGGCAGUCCUGAAUCCAGUCGGGAAGAUCGCGAUGGACGGGCUUCUGGGGAAGAAGGCAAUCUUCAACCUCUGUGACUUGGAACCGGUUCAGGAUGGCAUAAACCUGUUGUUGGAGCUCGGCAUCUUAAGGUCAGGGUCGAAGUGCGUUGACAUCAUGGUACCGUCAAGUCUGCUGUUCUCUCACACGACCAUGCAGGAGUUUGUAGCAGGGAGGUACCUCGCCUCACAACUGCAACCACACAACAGCACCCACGAACACCUGCCAUUUAACACAGUCAAAGAUGCCCUGGCGCUCGAGAACGUCAUUCUGUUCGCCAGCGGGACAACAGGAGCUGCAGGAAAGGUCAUACUAUCUCACCUGUCGAAGAUAUAUGCCGACGAGCUGCGAGAGCACGAAGAGGCCUACUAUCGUGAGCAGAUGCCGACUGCGGAGUUCGAAGAGUUCAGGAGCUUUGUCGUCCUCUGUCUCAGGUGUCUGUACGAAAGCCCUGUCAGAAAGGAGCUGUGCCAGUGCUGUAUGCUUGACUUCCUGUCCAGACGUGUGAGGUUGGACUGGAUGGGGGUCCCGUCGCAGGAAAGCGUCGCCCUACAGUGUUUCCUAUGUCUUACAGCCACAGAGGGCACCAAAAGUGCUGUAACCGACCUCACCCUCUCAUUCCACGACUACUCGCUCAAAAAGCCGGAGUACCUGUUCAACAUUCUCCACUACGUCCCCCACCUGAGGAACCUCACUGUACAUCUUGGGACCUGUCUGGAGAAAGAAUGUGAAGAUCUAAGUCUCCUGGACCAGCCGCUGGGUUGUCUUCGGGAACUCUGCUCGGUACACAUCACGGGGGACGCCAGACGAUUCACCGGGUUAUCCUUUGCCUUCCUGAAACCGUCCGAGAACUUGACCAGCAUAACUAUGCAAGACGUGCAGUUGGGAGGCAGGUUAGCCAGGGUGGCUGCCAACUUCAAGUACCUCCCGUGCCUUACCACGCUAAAGCUACAAGACUGCGGCCUGACAGGGGAGGACGUGACAGCCAUGUCGGAAUACCUGUACCACGUUCCCCUCGAAGAGUUGGACGUGUCCUUUAACGAGCUCGGUAACGAACUGUGCUCUCUCGUCACGAAACUGGUCGACCUUCCCUCGCUGAGGAUUCUGCGAAUGUGCGACGUGUCGGCGACGUUCAGCACCAUCGAAACGAUCGGCAAGGCACUCGAACACAUGAACCAACUGGAGGAGCUGUACCUGGCCCAGAACGAGGUGGAUGCCUGGAACUACAGGGGGUGCUGGGAAGACUUGGUCCAGAACGUGUGCCACCUGCCAAAGUUGAGGGUUGUGGAUGUGAGCCGCUGCCUGAUCGGCUCUCACAACCUCGCGCUCCUCAUCAAGGGCCUCAUCCACACCAUGGUCGAGUCCAUCAACGUCGCCUACAACGAAGCCACCAACGAAACCAUGGAGGCCAUCGAGGAAAACCUGCCGCAGCUGCCGUACCUGAAGACUCUCAACGUCAGCGGGAACGAGAUCUCCUUUCACGGCGUCUACUACUUCGGCAAGGCUCUCCACCAAGCGAGAAACUUGACAAGCCUCAACGUAAGCUACAACGAGCUUGCUGACGUAGCAGUUGCCGAUCUGGCGGGCCGACUGCACCAGGUCGCCGGCCACUUGAGAGCGUUGGACAUAAGCAGCAACCCUGUCACGGAGGAAGGUUUAAAGAACUUUGCAAGCAGCAUGGAGCCUAUGAUUGCUCUGAGACAGCUGAAUAUGUCGGGGGCAGGAUGGCAGUCCUUCCACCUGAGUGACGAGGCAGCGGUGGCCAUAGCGCAGCUGCUGGGCCGUCUGCCGAGCCUGGAGAGGCUGGAGCUGAGGUGGAUCACCAUCAACACGAGGCUUCCAGGCUGUGUCAAGCAGCCAUGA